CGAAAGGCAUUGCACAACCUGCUGGGCGGCAUCAAUGGCCUCACUUCCAGGCUCUGGCCAAGGACACUGCCUUCCGCCGCACACACUGGGUAUUUUGCAUUGUUACGUCGGUCCGUUAAGUUAUCAGGUUAAAUUCUUCCAAGCAUGCGGAUACAUGUUGCAGUGGCAACGGCGCUACUGAGACUGCACACUACACAGGCCAGCGAUGUGCUGCGGCAAGAGCUCUGGGGGCUCUCAUCGGGUCUGGCCUACUACGUCGCAGUGAACAUCGGGUCGCCAGUGUACUCUUCGGGAUCAGGCAGCUCCAGUUCUAACUCAUUUAACCUGUUACUGGACACGGGUUCGGCCAACACGGCGGUUGUCACGGCCGAGUGCUGCUCUCUGACCAACGAGAAUCUCUACUCUUGCUCGGACUCGAGUACGUGUGUGGAUGAAGGCACCAGUGUCAGUGUGAGCUACGUCAGCGGAGCAUGGAGUGGCGAAGUGGUGCGGGACACUUUCUCCGGACAGGGUCUGGGCACCGUCGAGAACAUGCAAUUCGCCGAGAUUACGGCCGAAGACAGCUUCAUCUCGUCAGGUUACGAUGGUAUCAUCGGUCUGGGAUACAAAUCUAUUGCGUCGCCCUCUAGCGACCCGCCGACGCCGUAUUUUGACACAGUUGAGAGUGCCGACGGACUGGAAAAUAUCUUCAGUCUGCAGAUGUGUGGCGCGUUACAGGCGCUAAGCUUGAGUAACUUUUCGACUGAAGAUAGUUCGUAUCUGUACGCGGGGGAAUUUCUACUUGGAGGAACGGAAGGACCGAAUGGAGAGAGUUAUCAUAAGGGAGACAUCGUGUACACUCCGUUAGUGCAGGAGAAAUACUUUAAUAUCAUUAUCACGGACAUUGGAGUGAACGGAGAGAGUUUGGGACUGGACUGCGAGGCGAUCAACUCGCCACGAUCGAUCAUCGACUCGGGUACCAGCAACUUGGCUUUCCCCUCCAGUGUAUACAGUGCCGUCAUUGCCGAGCUCAAGACGCAGGUUGAAAAAGUUGCCUCUGUUACCGACAGCUUUUUCGACGACGACUCGACCUGCUGCUCAAGUGACUGCGAUCCGACCAACGCCGACUCGUUCAUCUACCAGUUACCAGGACUAACGAUCUCGCUUGCAGUCGAUGAUGAUAAGUCGCAGCAGAUGACGAUCACCAUUCCAGCUGAGUACAUUUGGCGGCCAAUUGUGGUAUCUACGGGUCCGGGGGAAUCAGCGUGCCGUGUUUUCGGCAUCUCGGAGGGUGAUUUUACACUGCUAGGCGACGUGUUCAUGGAUGGUCUCUUCACUGUGCAUGAUCGCGCCAAUGAACGCGUGGGUCUUGCAGUGGCAGACAACUGCCCUAACGGCGUCACGUCCGGUAAGAACAUCACGAUUGAAGCGAUGACUGCAGAGGACUCGUUUUGCGACUGUGUUGGCUCGUCGGACCGGAAAAGCAGCCUACUCAGCAGCUACGUGCCGUUCUCGGGCAAAGCCUGUUUCUUCUGGCAAUGGUGGAUGUACGUGGUUAUUGUGGCUAUCGUCGUUAUCAUCCUAAUGAUGGUCGCAUACGGAUAUUACUGGUGGAAGCGGCGUAAACUGAUGCGUCAGCUUGAGGCUCUACAGAACCAGAACCAACCACAAGUGCAGCGAAGUUUGUAUGCCAGUGACCGUCUUGACCGCAACCUGCUGCAUACUCCAACGCAACCUAGCUCUGUGUAUGUCGUCGGUGCCUUCACACCUCCCCGGACUGCAGGUCCAAUUGUGAACGGUGGAGCACCAGCUACUACAGGAUACGUCUUGGCAUCGUCGCCGUCAGUUCGCUUUAACGCCAAUACGAACGGGGCUCCUGCCACUGCUGUACCCGGUCGAAAGACAUAAAGUAUCAUCUCCAGGAACAUCUUAGACAACUAGUCUCACAGUACCAUAUUAUUAACGACAAUCAAACUAACGUAUUGAAGUUUUCAUUUAAAUUUAAACUUUGAACGUUCGGCCUUAUCAUUUUGAAGAAAUGUAGCUGAAACGAUAAAAGUAGCACUGUACGUGAAAUUUGCCAUGAAUAUAAAAAAAAAAUACACAAC